AUGAACCGAAAACGCUACCGCUUUGAAGCCGGCAAGACAACAGACCCGGACGAGACACCGACAGCGACUGGCGCAGAGCGGAGCGCGAAGACAGUCCUGCGCUCCCUCGUGAAGCAACUGCUGCCGCCUCAAGGCAAACCCCAAAGGAAGCAUCGCCAGCGCGACGCCUCGAAAGCAUCCGGUCUGGAGGGCAAGUACUCGCCUUCUCGCCGAAAGCGCGAUGGAGACGGGGACGCUGCCUCACGGGUAGAGCGCGCCUAUGCGGCGAUGCAGCGGCGCCUCCAGGCAGCACAAAAGUCAUCAAAGCGAAAGGCAGGGCGCUUGCCAGUGCGAGAUCCCAUUUCCGGAACUUGGCUUGUUCCCGGAACGGAUAGUGUCUCAGAACGAGGUGCUACCUCGAAUGGUCACCCGCAGACAGUGCGUCUCGUGCGACCCGGUGCCCGCCUCCGCUCACCGAUCCAAGAGGUCGCAGAAAGCCCGCAACACACCGCCCCCAUGCAUAAUGUCAUCCGCCGUGCUUCCGACUCGCCGCAGCGGGACACGCUACAAGCUGACCGAGACCACAAGGACGACAUGCAUACAACGGAAGCUGACGCGAGCGAUGAGGCGAUUGCUGUAUGUCCGGAGACACGACGUGCUUUCGGACGAGAUGCGGCAUCCGCAUUCGAAACGCUGGCACCCAAACAGCAUAGCUUUAUAGUUUUGAUUGCAGGAACGUGCGCGGCAAUCGCCGAAAAUCCCGAACAAGAGACGGGAAAGCUUCAGUCCCUGCCCUCAUUGCUGCGUGAACUGGACCGUUUCCAACGUGCUGUGCGCACCAGUCCCAGUGGGACGGCCUGGAGCGCGCACGCGACCCUCCUAUGCAUACGAUCCCUCACAGAACUCUUUUUGGAUAUUUGUCCCGGGUAUCAGAUUCGAAUCCCGAGCGAACCUAAGGACGGUGUUCGGCUAAGUAAGACUGUAAGGAAGCUUCGCAAAUAUGAAUCAGUGCUGCUGCAAGCCUAUGCGAGUUUUAUCCGAUGGCUCAGGAAACAUCUUGAGGGCGCAGGCAGAUGCCCCGAUACCGCCCACAGCGCAGUCGAUGGAAUGCUGCGGCAGACGUGCCUGCAAUCUUGUCAGGAAUUACUGCUUCAGCUCUGCCAUUUUAACCAUGCAGAGGACUUGGUCGAGAUGCUCGUGUCGCAGUUCGGCACCGACGCGGCAACUGAUGAAGUACUCGUGGCGACUGCCAGCGAACUUAUGGAGCUCUUUGAAAGCUCUACGGGCUCGAGUUUGCGGACGGCGGUUCGACUGGUUCGAGCCCUUUGCCGGCGCCUUCGAGACGAAGGGAUCCGUGCACCAGCGGCAAUUGUGGAACCGCUGCUAAAGGUUCCCCUGGAAGCGCUUCAUGCGGCCCCGAAAAAGAAGCGCCAUCAGCAGCAUGCGGACGGCGGAAACACUGCACAUCCGCUGAGCCGUCGGAAGAAAGCGCGCAUGCAACACGGAGCGCUACGUCAGUGGAUGGAGGAGAAGCAACGCUUGGACCGCCAAGUCGAUGAACAGCUUUCCCGGGAUAUCCACGACCUAGAAGCGGAAUCCACACCGGAGGAGAUGAACUGGGCGAGACGCCAAGUCAUGGCAGCGCUGUCGCAGGCGUAUGCGCAGUGUUUACUGCAGCUGGAGCAGGCGUUGCAGUCACAGACGAAUACAGGUGAUACGGCAAUCCCGCCGGGGAAAAAUGAGAGGUCGCGGUCACCUGGGGACAAGGUGACGCCACAGACAAAACUUCGGGACAGGCGCGCGCGCUUGAAGCGGCUCAACAACUUGCUGCCACGAAUCGCUGAAGGUCUUGGGCAGAUUGCGCUCUACUUGAACGCCAAGCUCUUGAACGACCUGCUUUUGACCAUGUAUCGCAUCAUAGACGCCGCAUUCGCCGCGGACACGGAGGCGCAAUCAUUGCUGGGCCUCCUGCGCUGCGUGCGUGCCGCGUACCAGAUCAUCAUUGCACAGCAGAUCGCAACACAGAACGCCGAUCCAACGUACCUGGACGGCAUCCUCUUUCGAUGCAUGAAUCCGACAGGCGUCGUAGUCAAGCUCCCGCCAGAUUGCCGUGCCUCCUGGCACCGUGAACUCACUGCAGCGGUGGAUUUCGGAUUGCUGGGCUCGCGGCGAACGCUCCCGAUUCGCCGCGGAGCAGCGUUCUGGAUGCGACUCUUAGAGUGCGCGCUUCAUGCGACGGACACAUCAUGGGCAUGCUUGUACGUACGCAAGGCGGAAUCCCUGGUGGAACGGUAUCCGGUGCUGCGAACCUGGCUUGCAUCAGCGAUGACCGUGGAAGAAACCGACACCAACACCGACACUGAUCGAACGAUCCUUGCAGCUCCAAUAGGCCUGCUGCCCAGCACGCCCCGAGCGCUAUCCGAUCAUCACUGGGACGCGCUCGCCGCCGAUCCCGAUAUCGUAGGCGCUAUGCUGCUCGCCGAUCAAGCGGUGGUGGCGAUCGAUGCACACGGCACGCGCGUGCGUGUUCGGGAUUUGUGUGCGGCGCCAGCGCUGGGGCCGCACACGCAGCGCGGUGCAGCGUCGAUUGCCCAGGCGCUGCUGCAACGCCUGCGUGCACCGCUUCCCGCGAUCUAG